AUGAUAUGCUUCAGGUGCCAAGAAACAAGAGAGCAUACUUAUUGCGCGAGGGUAAAGUUAGAAAGUGUUCCUCCGAUGUGGCUAUGUGAAGUCUGCCGUCGUCCUAAUCCCUCAAAUGUCAUAGAUCUUGCUACUGAUCCAAGAGCUAAUCAAGUGGAACAAGAAGCUGUGGAUAGCGAAGAUUCGGCUGAAAUUGUUGAUCAAAAUGCUGCUCAGUCAUCAAGGACUAAUCAAGUUGUGAAUAACGAAGCUGGUCCAUCAUCAUCAAGAACUAAUCAAGUGGAGAAAGCUGUGGGCAACGCAAGCGACAAAUCUUCUUCCUAA